CGCUAAUUGAUAAUUCGGAAAAAUUGAUUCCAUAUUCUUGCUACAAAUAACGAUUAUGAAGCUCAAUUGUUUAUUACUGUUGCGCCGGCCAUGGAGCAGGUUUCCAAGCAAUCAUUUGAGGAUAUAAAUUUGGGAGAAUUAGGAGUUAAUCAGGCCUUUCUAAAUAUAACCUCGUAUCAUUCCGCUAAAUUAUGGAUGUACACGUUGUCAGAAGAUUGUGUGCGAUGUCCAUUUACAAAAUUUCGAGAAAUCGCAGCGUCGAGUCAAGAGUUAGUGAAAUUUGGUGCCUCUCGUUCUUUGGAGUGGAAAUUCCUUGAUGAGGACCAUGGACGGUAUGCAUUUGGUAAUGAAACAAUAUUUUGUGCAAUAAAACCGACAAAUAUUGGACCACGUGGAGUUUACAAUAUAGACAUACAUGCAGGCCAUUGCAGUUAUGACGUCAGGCUGAAUCCCGUAAACUAUAAUUUGUCUGUUCUCUACGCAUUGUUAAUCCUAGCUGCUGUACUUGCUGCUGUAUACACUAGCAAUUACAUUUACAGGCGAUACAAACGGACAAGACAAUCGGUAUUGACUGAAUCAGAUGAAUCGGAAAAGCCUAAACCGACGAAGGCUCGAGUUCGUAGUUUAGAUGUCUUCAGAGGGGUAGCCAUCGUAGUAAUGAUCUUUGUUAACAGUGGCGGCGGAUCGGUCUGGUGGAUGGAGCACGCCACAUGGAAUGGGUUAUAUGUUGCUGAUUUGGUAUUCCCGUGGUUCUUAUGGAUAAUGGGCGUGUGUAUUCCCAUUUCGAUUAAGUCACAGAUGUCUCGAAAAACGAGUAAAGCAAGAAUUUUGUACACCAUACUGAUUAGAUCCAUAAAAUUGUUCUUUAUCGGAUUUUGUUUGAACACUAGAGGUGGUUCGUUUGAGGAAGUCCGGAUAAUGGGAGUGCUUCAGCGUUUCGGAAUUUCUUAUUUCAUUGUGGCUUCGAUACAUGUUUUAGUAUAUGUUGAACCGAAGGAUAUUUUACCCGAAGGAAAAUUGAAACGAGCCCUGUAUGACAUUCAGAUAUUGGCAUUCCAAUGGUUCUUAAUAUUAUGCAUAACUGCAAUGCAUGUAGUAAUAACGUUUGGUUUAAUAGUACCUGACUGUCCUCGGGGUUAUCUCGGACCGGGUGGCAAGCAAGACAAUGCAACAAAUCCAAAUUGCAUAGGCGGUGCAACCGGAUAUGUGGAUGAGCUAAUAUUGGGUCCAAAACACAUAUACAGAUGGCCAACAGCUGGAUCUGUGUACGAUGCAUCAGCAUUCGAUCCCGAGGGUAUGGUUGGCUGUUUAACGACAUUUCUUCAAGUUUUCAUCGGACUUCAAUGCGGAGUCACUCUGUUGGUGUACACCGGUUGGAAAGAUCGCGUAGCAAGAUUACUAAUUUGGGGCAUAGUUUUGGGAAUAAUUGGUGGCGCACUUUGUCUGUUCUCACAAGACGGCGGUGUUAUUCCAAUCAAUAAGAAUCUGUGGUCCUUGUCGUUUGUAUUUGUGACAUGUGCUCUGGCCUACCUACUACUGACUUUGUUCUACGUGCUAGUCGAUGUGCUGAACUGGUGGUCAGGUACGCCUCUGGUAUAUGCUGGCAUGAAUGCGAUUCUUCUCUAUGUGGGGCAUUCGGUAAUUGGUUCGAUGUUUCCAUGGCGAUGGAGCAUCGGACCUAUGAAUACGCAUCUGGUUUUGUUGGUCGAAAAUAUGUGGCACGCCGGAAUGUGGGUCGUUGUCUCUUAUUAUUUUUAUUGUAAAAAGGUUUUCAUCAGUGUCUAAUAAAAUGGAUUUUUGAAGU